UCUUGUGUCAUCUUGCCAGCCUCCCAGCCCUUCUCCCUGUGAGAUCUUCCCAGUGAUUGCUGCGUGUCUGCUCCAGAGGAAUGGAGGGAACACGGACGAAGACGGAGGACGGCAAGAAGGAGAAGCCAGGUGAGGAGGUGGUGCACCUUCGGAGGGAGAUUGGGUUGCUGCCCGCUGCGUGCUUCAUCAUCGGGACGGUGGUGGGCAGUGGGAUCUUUAUCGCCCCAAAGGGAGUCUUGAUGAACAGCGGCAGUGUGGGGCUGUCCCUGCUGGUGUGGACGCUGUGUGGCGUCCUCUCCUUGUUUGGUAAGUUUGAAAGUUCAACAUCUGGUCCCAAACUGCCUGCCGUGGCUUCUUAUGUGUCCCUGGCUUUCGGUCGUUACGUGGUGGAGCCGUUCUUCGCACCUUGUGCUGCUCCCACGGCGCUAAUCAGACUUGUCAGUGUCCUUGGAUUGACGUUCGUGGUGGCGGUGAACUGCUGGAGCGUGACCUCGGCCUCUCGCACUCAGGUCACCUUGACUUUCAUCAAGAUAUUUGCUCUGAUCCUCAUCAUCAUCCCCGGUGCCAUCGCGCUGGCCAAAGGGAAGACAGAAAAUUUCCAGAACGGUUUCGAGGUUGAUUUAAUAACACUGGACAAGUUGCCACUGGCCUUCUAUAAUGGCCUGUAUGCCUACGGAGGAUGGUUUUAUCUGAACUUUGUCACAGAAGAGGUCAUAAACCCAAAUAGAACCAUCCCGCUGGCAAUAAUCUUCUCCAUGGUGACAGUGACAAUCUUGUAUGUGCUUGUUAAUGUGGCCUACUACACCAUGAUGACUCCCGCUGAGCUGCUGCUGUCUGACGCUGUGGCUUUCACGUUCGCCAACCGAGCUCUUCGGGGAUUGGCUUCUGUGGUUCCUAUUCUGGUGGCCUUAUCUUGCCUCGGCGCGCUCAACGGAGGCUUCUUCGGGGCGCCCAGGAUGCUGUUUGUGGGAGCCAGGGAGGGCCACUGGCCACGCAUCUUCGCCAUGAUUCAUAUCCGGAGACGCACACCUUUACCUGCAGUGCUGUUUCUGUACCCCUUAGUGGUGCUGAUGCUGAUGACAGGAGAGAUCUACCAGCUCAUCAGCUUCGCCUCCUUCUCUCGCUGGUUCUUCAUCGCCUUGGCAACCUUGGGGAUGCUCAUCCAUCGAUACCGUUUCCCACUCCACCCAAGACCCUUCAAGGUGCCCUUGGUCAUCGCGGUCACCUUCACCGUGGUUUGCUUCUUCAUCGUGGGUCUGUCUCUUUACUCGGACCCCUGGAACACCGGGAUGAGUUGCAUCCUCACACUGACCGGGGUCCCGGUUUAUUUUGUGACUGUCUAUCGCUUCCGCUUGCCUCAUAGAUGGAAACGUAUCUUCAACUACUGCAGCAAGCAGAUGCAGAUCCUUCUAGAAGUGGCGCAACAAGAAGUCCAGACGUACUGAAGACCCCAAACACAUCUGCUUUCUGCUGACAGACUUCCUGGACGGCACUCUGACAGGUGCUAGAAAACCUUUCUUUGCAGUAUAAACCAACGUACUCAUUUUGUAGAGAAAAUACUUGAAACAAGAGAAACUAUGCUGGAAACGGGAGUAUGUGCUUGCAGAAUAUGAUUUAGAAAAAGUAGGAUUAUAAAACUGAAUUACACUGUGAAUGAGUCACUCGUCUUUUUCAGCUUUAACAGCCGCUGGUGUAAAAGAUACUUGUACAACUUUUAACGCUCUGCUAAAUAUAGUCAUAUUUUUUCACUGUUCUGUAAAAAAAAAAAAAAACAAUAAAGUGCUUUUGAAAUCACA